UUUAAAUGUUAACAGAGGGGUGUUUCCAUUUCAUUUAUGUGAACUGGCUGAGAAAUAAGCAAUGGUGAUACCAAUGUGGCAGUUUCUUACUAUUGCGUUAGUUCUUUGGAUGCAGACUAGAAGAAUUGAUUGUCAGACGAUGGAAACUAUUCGGCCAUUAGGAAAGGUGAAAAUACAACCCAUAUAUUUCAAUAGAUCACUUGAUCAAGGGAAGAGAGUAGCAAUCACCCGCUGUGUAUUCCAUGGGCCCCGCGAUUUGACAGCAACAUUUUCUAACAUCGAUGGAACAUUUGAAAAAGGGAAGGACAUUGACAAAGACACUUCAGAAUACGAAGCAGUUUUUCAGGCCUCCAUUGAUGUUCUCAGUUUUUGUGGAAUACGACUUCAUUCUGCGUCAACAUUUGAAUCUUUGACUGCAGAGUUUAACCUCCCCGAGACAAAUAAAUCUAUGCAGACCAAUUUUCCUUUUUCGAGCUGCAAGUUUGAAGUCAAGAGGUCCAGCGAUGAACAAACAACUAACUAUUCUGCUAUUGCGAAAGAGUGCGGAAAUAUGGCGAACAAUGAAAUGUAUCUUUACUUCCCAGUUAAUCUGACUGAUUGGAACAGUGCAAAAUAUGCUCAAGUGUCAGAUGGAGUAUAUCGUUUACCAGAAACUACAGCAAAUAUCGUUAUGAAGACGGGCAAACUGGCUAAUGACGGCGUUGACAUUAACUCUGUCCACUUCUCCACAAUCAUCUUCUACACGAAUAUUUCGCCUAUGUCUCAUUUUCUUACUUGGUUAUUCCGGCUUAUGUAACCAUUAAUCUUACAAAUAAAUAUCGAACUUGGAGUGAAAUAUCCAGUUCAAGAUAAAUUGUGAAAUACAUCUGAAGAGGAUUCGUGUUUGAAAAUUCAGACUAUGUUAACAAUAAUAAAUUCAGUUUCAUUAUCUAGACAAUUUAUUGGGUAAUUUAAACAAAUUAACAUACUAAUUCGACCAAACAAUUAAGCGAACUGCGAGUUUGAUUUUUUUUGGAUGUGGUAAACUUAAAUUUAUUUGCUGUUUAAAGCUGUAAAAUUUAUUUCAAUUUUGCUGUUUGAUAUCAUUCAUACUUGUUAUAAACAAGGCGUUAGACUUAAGGGUUUGCUGUUUGUUUUGUCAUCUAAUACAAGUUUUCGAGGAGAAGCUAUCACCGUGCAGAAUUUUUACAAAUUAUCUUCUAAACUUUUAUUUUUAAAUUAAAUAAAUAUGUUUUAUCAGUUA